AUGGGAGCACUUCCGAAUUACUACAUGUCAAUGUUUCUAGCACCAAAGAAAGUUAUCCAAAAGCUAGAAGCAAUUCGGAGGAAUUUUGUUUGGGGAUCGAAAGUAGGCAAAAAUAAGAUUUGUUGGAUUGCAUGGAAAACAAUGGUUAGACCUAGAGAAUACGGCGGUUUCGGGAUAGGGGAUUUGAGAAACACGAAUCUAGCACUAUUAGUAAAGUGGGCUUGGAAAUACAAAACAAACCAGGAAGCAUUAUGGGCAAAAGUCGUAACAGCAAUACACGAAAAUAAAAGGCACCACAAAUAUAUUCCAGUAAACAAAAGGUUUACCGGAAUAUGGAAAGAUAUAACAGGCUCCUACAACGAACUCAGCAAAAAAAGUAUAAACUUGAAGGAAAGAUUGGUGGCGAAAAUAGGAGAUGGGAAAAAGAUCAAACUAUGGCUGGACAAUUGGGCAGGUGAGUUACCACUUAGAGACCGAUACCCUGAAUUAUAUAAGAUCGCAAAAAACAAGCAAGAAACUGUGGCGAAACAUGGAACAAAGGUAGGAAACGAAACUCAUUGGAACAUCGAGUGGAGAAGACCACCAAAUAACGAUGAAGAAUGGAGGCAAUGGUCGGGUAUGUGGAACGAGUUAAAUAAAACAAAAAUUGAUAUUGCAGCGGACCGAUGGGGAUGGAAGAGCGAUAAAUGGGAGACGUUCUCAGUAGCAGCGGUCAAAAGGCUGAUCGACAAACAACUCAUAACUGAACCAGAAGAACAGUGGAAUCAUUGGAACACAUGGGCGCCGGCAAAGAUAAACUACUUCACGUGGAGGGCAGCCAUCGGAAAAAUAGCGGUAAAAGAAGAACUAAAAAAAGAGGUAUAA